AUGAUGGCAAAUCCCUACACUUGUGAAGUCCAGCUGGAUGAACUCAGUCCGGAUCAUGCCAUCAUUGAUUUUGCCUUUAUAUCUGAGGAGAAUUUCGUUCUUGUUGUGCUUUUGGCGUCAAGCGGUAAGGACGUUCCAUGGGGGAGUUCACGUUGGUUGCCCGAACAUACGUCUGUUCUCGUUCCACUGCCCAAUGCCAAGAACGGACCAAUGUCUGGUGACCCCAACGUGUAUGCGAUGUUUUUUGACAAGGAAUCCACCUCGUCCCCUACUUGUUGUCGCAAACAAGAUUGUUGCUUCAUUUUCAAAUUUAAGGCUGGGACCAUCCUUUUGGUGGAUUUGAGCAGUCGAAAAUGCGUGGCAGAGCUAUCUGCUCCGCAAAGCAUACACGAAGUGGAAGUCUUGCAGAGUGAAGAAAACAGCGAUGUUCUUGUACGUGGUUUUUUCUAUUCCCGGUGCUGGUCUAUAAUAUUGAAGAAAAUCGUUAAGGUGGAGCCUCCGACAUCGCAUCUCAAUCUUUCCACAGAGGGCAUCACAGUUUUGGAUACGGGUGGAAGCUUUGUCGAGCUGCACUCUGAUUUAUCGUCGCUUGCCGGUGUGCCUAAAAAGCGCUUUAAAGUACCUCCUGAUACAUGGAUGAUACACUAUACCGACAACGUUCUUUUCGCUGUCUCAAAGCAGUCUGAAGUGCGAAGUGCAGUGCAUUUUGGUCUGAGCGCUCUUCGAUUGGAGUUUUCAUUGGUGAAAGGCGCGUGUGAAUGGCGACCGUUAGGAUUUGUGCCACUUUCAUCUCGAGCUGCUCGUCUUCCAUCUUGUCUGAUCAUCAAUGAGCGCGGUUUGAUUCGGGUAGCACAGAGUUCUACUAACCCACUUGAGAAUAUUGCUGCCGAAUUUCUCUUCCGAAUUCCUAAUUUUUCUCUCGUUUCUAUUGAGCAUGUGGCUAAAGCUUGCUCCAUCGACGCUCCGCAACUCCAGCGCAGUGUAAUUCCCACCUUGCUGUCAGCACGUCGAGGAAAGACUCUUUCGCCUGCUGAUCUCUCCCGUCUUCUUUCAAUGGCCAAAACUGCUGAGCGCAGUGUAAUUCCCACCUUGCUGUCAGCACGUCGAGGAAAGACUCUUUCGCCUGCUGAUCUCUCCCGUCUUCUUUCAAUGGCCAAAACUGCUGAGGUGGAAAUGGAGAAUCUGGUGGACUUGUUUGCUAACAAUCAGCAAGAAGAACAACUGUUACCCGAGGUUGUAUCCAAAAAUAUGUUCUCAUCGGUAGAAGCGCACAAUUUCAGUGCAUUUCUAUCUCGACAUGUUGACGUCGAUAAUGGAGCGAAAAGCUGCGCUGAGGUUCAGCUAUGGAGAAGUGCGACUUUACUUGCAUUGCGACAUAAAGCGAGUCAAGCUGAAGUGCUUCGAGUUCUAAUUCGAAAUGGUCCAAAGUCGUGGUCAUCUGCUGUUCCUUCUAUGAGAUCCUUGAUGAUGACGUGUGCCGCUAACCUCGAUUGGGGUGAGAUGAGUGACCAGGACAUCGGCGCCCUUGUUACCUUAUUGUGUGAAUGGCAAGCUGCUCUUAAUUCGAUUGCUCACCAUGAAACGUGCCUCAGACUAGCACUGACUUACAUGUCAACUUUCCCAAAGCAUUGCUCAAUUUUGUACCUUAUUUCCGCUUUGUACAUUAUCAGCGACAAAGCCGCUUGGACGCAGGAAUAUGAUGCCGUUUGUCGUAGUAUUAGCUGUGGUAUGAACGGAUCGGCUGCUAUUACUGCCGAAGGUCAAUUGCUCAUUUGGGGAGACUUCACAAAUCAACAGAAUAAACCGUUUGAAAGCAUAGAAGUGUCUGGCAAAACGGGCCGAAAGUCAUCGACUGAAGCUCCAACGAGCCCGAAGCGUUGUCGACCUCAACAGCUGCCUCAUCCUGUUCACGUUGAAGGUCGUCCUAGGGUAGUUUGCUGUGGUGCCGAACAUAUCUUAGUGCUGACCAGUGCUGGACGACUUUUUUCGUUGGGUCGAAACCGUUUCGGUCAGUGCGGAGUUGGCCAUUCGCUUCCAGUUUCUGAAUUGCAGCUGGUUGAAGGCGACUGGGGAUCAGUUCGUGCAUUGUCUGCAGGUCAAUUUCAUUCCGCUAUCCUGAACACUAAAGGAGAAGUAUGGACGUUCGGAUGGGGUGUGUGGGGACAACUUGGGAUAGGAGGCCGUCAGAUUAAGGACUGCUUAGUACCAACCAAGGUGCCCAAUCUGAGCGAGCCAAUCAAGGAAGUUAGUUGUGGACGCGUGCACACUGUUCUUCUCACAGUUUCUGGUAAAGUUCUAGUCGCGGGAAGUGGUAGUUAUGGGCAGUUGGGUACCGACGAGGAUAUCAGAAAGCAAUACGACUUCCGUCCACUACCUAUAGAUCCGAGCCUCAAGGUUUUGUGA